AUGUAUGAACCACCUCCACCUCGUCCAAAAAAGACUAAUAUUUGUCGCUCCCGUACUGGGUGCAAAGUGUGCAGGCAGAGGCGGAAAAAGUGCGAUGAGCGGAAACCUUGCGGCCUCUGUAUGAGGCUUGGAGUAGCCUGUGAGCAGAUCUUCCCAGCGUUCGAGUUUCGCAGCGUCUUAGGCCCGCCAAGGUCUCACAAGGCUAAAGUGUGGCCAUUCACUUCAAUGUAUCAGCCGUCGAAUAAAUCUGUUGCUGUUAUAAAGAAUUCACCGAAGCAUUGGCGACGCUCGCCUGGAAGAAUGGAUGGAUGCGUUGACACCAUUUUCGACCCGGACAGUUUGUUGAAUGCAAACACGACCCCUGACGCAGUCAUAUUCUACAUGAAUAUUUGGAAGGUUCAUUGUUUGCCAGCUUUAAAUGUGGUGUUCGAAUCUAUAGUGACUGUUCACAGUCAAUCGUCACUCAUAACGGACACCAUGGCCACCCUUGCAGCCAGUCGCCUGAGUCGGAAACUGCCGCAAAGGCGAUUGUUCAAGUCAACUGACUCACCAGGGCUCGGUUUCAGACCAGAUUCUGGCCAUGAAUGCUUAAGCAGUGAGCUAUACGGCUCUGCCCUGCGCAAAAUGUGCUGCUGGAGCACUGAAAAUUUCGACUUGAACCCAAUGCUGGCUUUUGUCGCGCUGGUCCUGUUCUGCUAUGUGGAAUCCUCAAUGGGUUACUUCGAAGGAUUUUACAUCCAUUCCCAAGGAGUAGAAAAUCUCCUGAAGAAGUCUGCUGACCUUAUCUUUCCCCACGGCGCUGGCCUUCUUGCAGCUUGGGUAGAAGUCAAGAUGCAAAAUUGGUGGCGUCGGGCGUAUUUUGGGGUUCCUGAGUUCUUUCAGGACCACUUCAAUCCGUUACUUUGUCCAGAAAUACAAUUCAUCUCAAACACUGAGAGUGGUCGCACGGCUACUGUUCUUUGGAUUCUUUGCGAAUCCCAUCGUCUCAACACUGCCGCUCUCAUUGCUCAGAUAACGGGAGAAAAUACAGUCACAAAACUUUUAAAUAAUGCCACUCCAGCGACGAAUAAACAAUUUAUAUUCAGUGAGUUUUUGGCCAACAUGAAGAUUUAUUCCGAGAAGCUGCAGGAAUGGCGCGCUUCACUCCCAGAUUUGGCAGAGAUCGGGGAAAUUCCAAACCGUCUCAAACGUCUCGACUUAAAAAGUCUUGACAAUGAAGCUAUAUAUUUCCCAUGUCACAAAUUGGCCAUGAACAUGGCUUAUUACGUGAUGGCCCGCGUCAUGCACUGCGCCGGACCGCUACGGACCUUUGCUAGGGAGUCUGUCCAUGAUAUUCAUGAUUUAUAUGAGGAAAUAGAGGCUUGGAUCCUCAUCAUGCUGCGCAUCGCUGCUGGAAUCAGCUGGGAGGACUGCAUUUGUCUCAACGCUUACACCAUCGGAUUUUCGGGGCUAUUAUUCGCAUGUGCCCUUUCUUCUCGAAAUCUCGAAACCGGACUUUGGAUCCAGGAGUGGUUGGAAAAGCGUUUAGAGCAGGGAGGGAUUGAAGAGGGUAACUUCCCUGUCUUUCAAAUUCUAGAUGCAGUACGACUCAUCAAUCGCGAACGCAAAAAUGGUCUGGAUGUGGUUGCGUUGUUCCAAACAGUAGAUGAUGGAGGCGGUAGCGGUAAGUUUGGCUCAUAUUCCAGCCAAUCUAUCCGGUCGAUGUUGGUUUACGGAAGGUGUAGAAGUACAGGAGAGCUGGGCUCAUACCACGUCUCAACAGGGGGUUUGAUUGCUCCCGGAUAA